CAUCCGUAGCUACUCCUCAGCAGCACGCUCUUUACCGGCCAGCACCAAGCCGUUCGAGACGACUUUCUUCCCCUCAGGGCUGUACGAUCGAGAUAAUGGCGUCAAAUAACAGUCAGGUUGGAAAGUGGGAAGUCGUGAAAAAAAGCAAGAAACCGGGCACCGCCGGCAGCGGAGGGAAAAAUCCCGGGGAGAAGAAAGCUGGAAGGAAAGCUCUGAGCGAAUCCAACAUGACGAGGAUCGACCAGCUUCCUCCCCUGGUGACAUCGGGGACAUUGUUUGAGGCUUUUGAGAAGAUGGGGAAGAAGCAUAACAAGGAGCAGGUUCCUCCAGCCGAGCCCAGCAACAAGAAGCCUUCAGCGGGCAAACAGAAGGCCAAGCUUCCCCCUGCCUCUACACAGACACACAGCACACACACGAAGCUGGAGGAAGCAUUCAGAGCUUUGGACGUGGGGGAGCUGAAGCAGCAGUUGGACCGGAGCCAGACUCUGUUUCCUGACAACCCGUCAGUCUGGGUCAAAGACCUGGCAGGAUACCUCAACCACGCCCUGGCUGCUCCAGAGACUGAACCCACCCUCAGCAGCUACACACACGAUUACCCAUACUGCCUUGCGGGGAAGGAGCUGAGGGGCGUGGUCAAAGCUUUGAUUGGUCGCUGCAACGAGAGUCUACAGGACUUCUACGACCACUGUGUUUACACCAUGCUGAGAGAACUGGACAAACAGACAGGAGAGCCUCUCCAUGGUUACCGGGUGUGUAUCCAGGCCAUCCUACAAGACAAGCCCAGAAUGGCAACACAGAACCUUCCUGACUAUCUGGAGUUGUUGCGGUCAGUUCAGAACCGUCCGGUCAAGUGUCUGACAAUCAUGUGGUCUCUGGGACAAGCUGGCUACUACGACCUCAGCCAGGGGCUACGAGUAUGGCUGGGUAUCAUGCUGCCAGUCCUGGGGGUGAAGGCCCUGUCCUCCUACGCCAUCGCAUACUUGGAGAGACUACUGCUGCUCCACGUUAACCUGACUAAAGGUUUUGGGGUCAUGGGACCUAAAGACUUCUUCCCUCUGCUGGACUUCGCCUACAUGCCGAAGAAUGCCCUGUCACCAAGCCUCCAGGAGCAGCUGUGUCGUCUGUACCCUCGUCUGAAGGUGUUGGCUUUUGGGGCGAAGCCCGAGAUGACCCUCCACACCUACCUGCCCUCCUUCCUGUCCCGGGCCACGCCCCACUGCCCUGAUGAUAUGAAGAGAGAGUUGCUCAGCUCUAUGACGGAGUGUCUAUCUGUGGACCAUCAGAGUCUGGGGGUCUGGAGACAGCUCUACACCAAACACUUACCACAGUCCAGUCUGCUGUUAAACCAUCUACUGAAGUCCUGGAACACUCUGCCACCCAAGCUGCGCGGUUCGCUGCAGGAGACGGUCCAGUCAUUCAGAGUGACCAAUGAGGAGCUGAGAGACACGGCUAACUCUACUGACCUACAGGACUGUAACAAGCUCUGUCACUGUCUCCAGUUGAAGAUGUUAGGACGAGGGUUCCCCUGGUCCAGACUCUUCAUGGCUUUACUGGUGUUUGCUGCCGGGUUCAUAACACACGACAUCCGAUCACGUGGCUCCUUCACAGACUCCACCACAGCAAGCUAUCUCCACAGUUCAGGGGUGAUGGGCGUGUCUCAACAGGCCUGGAGCAAAGUCACUCUCUACUCACAACAGGGCUUCAGCUGGCUGGACACCAACACUCCCUACUACUACUCGGAGUGUGUUCGUGUGUUGAGUCCGGUACUGGAGCAGAACUGGGAGAGAACUAAAGCUGCUGCCAUCUACAUCUCACGACUCACAACACAACUCAUUGACUGGAUCUAUCACAGCACACCCCUACUAUUACAAUGGCUGAGUUCCAGCACUCCGGACAGUGUGUUCCUGCUGAUUGACUACCUGAAGCAGCUGUUACUGUUCCUCCAUACCAACUACCUGCUGCCAGCUCUCUCACACACCUCCCAUCUAAUAGUACAGGCCUGGACGGCACUGCACGACUCCUGCAGUGGGGAGGUGUCUGUAUCAUGUCUCCAGACCUACGCCCUUUCUCUGACCAACUCUACCUGGCUCCUGCUACAAGACACCACCAACGCCAUCAAGACCUGGAUACAAGACCGGCUCCAGACCUGAUACGCACACAUAUACUGAUACACACACACACACACACACACACACACACACAUAUAUACUGAUACACACACAGAUACACACAUAUACUUUAUGCACAUACACGCUUUAAACACACAGUCUGAGACUCUUUGCUUGCAUUGCUUUGGCCUCCUCCCUCCUCCCUUAGCCAUCUCUCUCUGACUCUCUCAUGGGCUUUAUUGGCAUGGGAAAUGUGUUUACAUUACCAAGUGAAAUAACCAACAGUCUGUCGCUAGCUAGGUUAAAUAACCAACAGUCUGUCACUAGCUAGGUUAAAUAACCAACAGUCUGUCACUAGCUAGGUUAAAUAACCAACAGUCUGUCACUAGCUAGGUGAAAUAACCAACAGUCUGUCGCUAGCGAGGUGAAAUAACCAACAGUCUGUCGCUAGCUAGGUGAAAUAACCAACAGUCUGUCGCUAGCGAGGUGAAAUAACCAACAGUCUGUCGCUAGCGAGGUGAAAUAACCAACAGUCUGUCGCUAGCUAGGUGAAAUAACCAACAGUCUGUCACUAGCUAGGUGAAAUAACCAACAGUCUGUCACUAGCUAGGUGAAAUAACCAACAGUCUGUCACUAGCUAGGUGAAAUAACCAACAGUCUGUCACUAGCUAGGUGAAAUAACCAACAGUCUGUCACUAGCUAGGUGAAAUAACCAACAGUCUGUCACUAGCUAGGUGAAAUAACCAACAGUCUGUCGCUAGCUAGGUGAAAUAACCUACAGUCUGUCGCUAGCGAGGUGAAAUAACCUACAGUCUGUCGCUAGCGAGGUGAAAUAACCAACAGUCUGUCGCUAGCGAGGUGAAAUAACCAACAGUCUGUCGCUAGCGAGGUGAAAUAACCAACAGUCUGUCGCUAGCGAGGUGAAAUAACCAACAGUCUGUCGCUAGCGAGGUGAAAUAACCAACAGUCUGUCGCUAGCGAGGUGAAAUAACCUACAGUCUGUCGCUAGCGAGGUGAAAUAACCUACAGUCUGUCGCUAGCGAGGUGAAAUAACCUACAGUCUGUCGCUAGCGAGGUGAAAUAACCAACAGUCUGUCGCUAGCGAGGUGAAAUAACCAACAGUCUGUCGCUAGCGAGGUGAAAUAACCAACAGUCUGUCGCUAGCGAGGUGAAAUAACCAACAGUCUGUCGCUAGCGAGGUGAAAUAACCAACAGUCUGUCGCUAGCGAGGUGAAAUAACCAACAGUCUGUCGCUAGCGAGGUGAAAUAACCAACAGUCUGUCGCUAGCGAGGUGAAAUAACCAACAGUCUGUCGCUAGCGAGGUGAAAUAACCAACAGUCUGUCGCUAGCGAGGUGAAAUAACCAACAGUCUGUCGCUAGCGAGGUGAAAUAACCAACAGUCUGUCGCUAGCGAGGUGAAAUAACCAACAGUCUGUCGCUAGCGAGGUGAAAUAACCAACAGUCUGUCGCUAGCGAGGUGAAAUAACCAACAGUCUGUCGCUAGCGAGGUGAAAUAACCAACAGUCUGUCGCUAGCGAGGUGAAAUAACCAACAGUCUGUCGCUAGCGAGGUGAAAUAACCAACAGUCUGUCGCUAGCGAGGUGAAAUAACCAACAGUCUGUCGCUAGCUAGGUGAAAUAACCAACAGUCUGUCACUAGCUAGGUGAAAUAACCAACAGUCUGUCGCUAGCGAGGUGAAAUAACCAACAGUCUGUCGCUAGCGAGGUGAAAUAACCAACAGUCUCUCGCUAGCGAGGUGAAAUAACCAACAGUCUGUCGCUAGCGAGGUGAAAUAACCAACAGUCUGUCGCUAGCGAGGGGAAAUAACCAACAGUCUGUCGCUAGCGAGGUGAAAUAACCAACAUAUGUGUUUACUCUGGUCUUGGCAUGCGCGCUCUAGCCAACAGCUGGCAGAUGGUGCUGGUAGGCUAGUCUACAUGGGGACAUUAUUAUGGAUCAGAGAGGAUGCCGGUAGGCUAGUCUACAUGGGGACAUUAUUAUGGAUCAGAGAGGAUGCCGGUAGGCCAGUCUACAUGGGGACAUUAUUAUGGAUCAGAGAGGAUGCCGGUAGGCCAGUCUACAUGGGGACAUUAUUAUGGAUCAGAGAGGAUGCCGGUAGGCUAGUCUACAUGGGGACAUUAUUAUGGAUCAGAGAGGAUGCCGGUAGGCUAGUCUACAUGGGGA